UUGAAGGAGAGCGCUGUCUUUACAAAGAAACUGGUGUUUGAAUUUCAGCCCUCGUUCGUUUUUCUUUUACUUCACAAGACUCCGUCACAGCGGAGCUCUUCAUUAACUAAAGCUCCCUUCGCUUCUGUAACUGCGGCUUCUGUGCUGUUAACGGUUCUCUUUCCUAAAUGAACAAGAGCUGCAGUGAAAACCCUGCGGAUAUUCUCGUCACAAAGCUUUUUUUUGUUGUUGUUUUUGGAUUACGUGUUUCGUGCGGUUUUAUUCGUACUGAGCCGCUAAAAACGCUGCUAAAACGAAGGGUUGGAGAAUGGUGAAUUGAUCAAUAAACCGGAGUCGGAAAAAAUACACGAUUUGUGAGAGUGUGGGAAAGAAAAAUCCCUUGUGAUUUUCAGUCCGUUUCUGUGAUCUAUCUUGUGAGUUUUUCCAUUCAGUCAUUUCAGCACCACUAGAAACAGACAGCGACCGCUUAGCUUCCAGGAGAUUGGAAAAUGUACAAUCUGCAUUUCACUUGGAUUUUACUGGAAAUCGGCAGUGAGGAGAGCUAAUAACGCAUUCAAAAAGGAGCACAUACAACUUGUGUUUAGUUUUGCGUUUCACUUUGGGGCAUUUAAUUUCUUUUUAUACUUCGUCGUUCUCAGACACUCUCGGAUGCUGCGUGGAAGAUACGGGGACCAGGAUCAGAGGCGAUUUCCAUGAGGUUAUUGAGAAAGAAAAGAAGAAAAAAAAUAGCCCGGAAAAACAAACAAGGAAUAUUGUAACUUGGGUUGGAAGGAUUUGUGUGCAUACAAUAAAAAGGGAAGGGUUUUAUAAAUACUGCAGCUCCACCUGUUAACUGAACACCAGUUCAUGUGUACACCGAGGUCUCUCUGUAGUCCCUUGUAAGCUUUUGGCCAAGAUCAUCUUCUCAGCCAGGAUUCAAACCAGACAUCUCCCUGUUUCCAUGUUCGCAAUACACACCAUGUGAUGUGCUGUUACAGUGAGAAUCUGUAUCAAAUUGGAAGAAUAUGUAUCCCAUGUAGAAGUACCUCAGUGUCUACAAAUACGUCAAGAUGAUGUGGACUCAGUGAAGACAAAAAUGAAGAAAUUACAUGAUUAAGGCCAGCUUUCCUCACUGUGCCAUAGCACAUGGAUUUCAGGACUUCCAGUGAGGAGACAAAGACUGGGAUUUACUUGCUGCAGGAUGGUAAUCAGGAACCUUUCAAUGUUCGAUUGCACUUAGCCAAAGACAUUCUGACUAUUCAAGAACAGGAUGUUAUCUGCGUGUCUGGUGAACCUUUUUAUUCAAGUGAAAGAACUGUGACAAUCAGGAGACAAACAAUUGGAGGAUUUGGUCUAAGUAUCAAGGGUGGUGCAGAACACAAUAUUCCUGUUGUAAUAUCAAAAAUUUCCAAAGAACAAAAAGCUGAACUAUCUGGUCUGCUGUUCAUUGGAGAUGGAAUCCUUCAGAUAAAUGGAAUAAAUGUGAGAAACUACCGGCAUGAAGAAGUGGUGCAAGUUUUAAGAAAUGCAGGAGAAGAAGUAACGCUGACAGUUUCUUUUCUGAAAAAGACACCAGCUUUUCUUAAACUCCCUCUCUGUGAAGACUGCACAUGUGUUCCCAGUGACCAGAGUAGUGGAACAUCAUCCCCUUUAUGUGAUAGUGGAUUGCAUUUGAACUAUCAUCCAAACAAUACGGAUACUUUGUCUUGCUCAUCUUGGCCUACGUCCCCGGGACUGAGGUGGGAGAAGAGAUGGGUUGAUCUGCGUCUAAUUCCCCUGCUCCAUUCCCGCCUUUCACAGUAUAUUCCAGGCACAGACAUUUGCAGGCAAAAUGCAUUUCAAGUGAUUGCUGUGGAUGGGGUAUGCAGUGGGGUAAUUCAAUGUCUGACUUCUGAAGACUGCUUAGACUGGCUUCAAGCAAUAGCAGCUAAUAUUUCCAAUCUCACAAAGCACAAUAUCAAGAAGAUUAACAGAAACUUCCCAGUAAACCAACAGAUCAUCUAUAUGGGCUGGGUAGAUGAAAGGGAACAGGACUCCCUGCAAGAUCGAAUGUACACACCAAAGUUCCUUGCCCUGAGGGGCUCUUCGCUCUUCAAAUUUUCAGCACCUCCAGUCACAACAUGGGACUGGACAAGGGCUGAGAAAAGUUUCACUGUGUAUGAAAUUAUGUGCAAGAUUCUGAAGGACAGUGACCUUCUGGACCAGCGAAAGAACUGCUUCAGUCUUCAGACUGAAAGCGGAGAGGACAUGUUCUUCAGUGUGGAACUGGAGUGUGAAUUGACACUUUGGGAGAAAGCUUUCCAGACUGCAACCUUCCUGGAGGUUGAAAGAAUUCAGUGCAAAACCUAUGCAUGUAUAAUGGAAAGUCACCUUAUGGGACUCACAAUAGAUUUCAGCAUGGGAUUUAUUUGCUUUGAUGCAGCAUCAAAGGCAGUCCUUUGGCGCUACAAGUUUUCCCAGUUGAAGGGGUCAUCUGAUGAUGGAAAGAGCAAAAUAAAAUUUUUGUUCCAAAAUCAAGACACUAAACUCAUUGAAGCCAAGGAGCUGGAAUUUUCAAAUCUCUUUGCAGUUCUUCACUGUAUACAUUCUUUCUUUGCUGCCAAAGUUGCUUGCCUGGACCCUCUCUAUGUGGGAAGUCAGGGUGCUGCUGCUGCUGCUGUUGCUUCAGCACCUGCUCCUGCUACUUGUGCUGCUGGAACAGGAAAGAUUAAAUAUUCCACCUGACAGGUCCUGCAUUCCCCCACCCCCACCCCCUCCAUCUCUUUUUUUGAUGAUACAGUCCAUAAUAAUUCAACAUAUCGUAGGCUAGAAGGAAUCAGGAUCAUUGUGGCCAAUUCAGAAGUGUUGCUCAAAUAAUGACGAACAGGUCAACAUUUUGGUAUGUUUACUCCAUGCAAGAAGAUGAGACUGCAGUGCAACCUAUAAACCGACUGCGGAUAUAUCUACAUUUAACUUUUUUUUAUCUCUGUCAUUUUUAAACCGACUGUAAGCAACAAGAAGCAGUUCCACAAUCAGCUCCUAUUAAAAAUUAUUAAACCUUUUCCAUAUUUACUGACAGACAACAACAGCAAACCAUCGUGUUUCUAUUGAAACCAUAGUGAUCCUUCAGAAUGUUUAGUCACAACCUGAAACCUCUUGGGAUUCGGAAGCAUGUCUGAUGUGUAGACACUUGAGGUACAAAGGCAGGAAAAGUAAGUUCUCUGUUGUACUGUUGUAUAUUUUGUUUAUACAGCAUUAAGAAACGAAAAUAAUGUACAUUUUAAUUAAAUAGUGGUUUUGACAUUUGUACAGCCUAGAGUGCUUUAGAUUUCACUUUUGUAAAUAUCCCAGAGGCAUGGAAAUGUGCAAUAGGGUCUAUUUUGCUGAUGACUAAAUAUAACUUAUUUAUGCUUCUUGCUUGUUUUUCAUGCUUUAUUUAAAAUGAUGCAACCUGACAAAUCUUGAGACAGUUUUAAAGAUAAUCAUACGUAAUCGUAAUCAGAAGCAAUAUUGUGGGAUUAAAGAUUAUUUUCAUCACUAAUGUUUAAUUGCAAAGUGUCAUACUUUUUUUAAUAAAGCCACUGUUUAAUUUCA